AUGCUGCGAAACUAUUUGGACUUUUUUGAAAGGUCUACUCAAGUCUACCUCAACCAAUACACUAUCUUACUAUUCUUGAUCAUUAUUAAACUAUUGCUAUUAAGAAACUCAUUAAUUAAUACGAUAUCCAAACAACUAAUAGAUGACUCAACUUGUGCUGAUGAUACGGUACAACCAGCCUUAAAUGCAUUACAUAAUAUGGUUUUCGACAAUAUUUCCAAACUACAGUAUUCAGGAAUUGUCUUUAUCGUUCUCAUCAUCAAGACUAUACGCGAAUUAACAAUCUUUUAUAUUGAUUUAUUCUUGGGGACUUAUGUGUGUUUACUCAAUGCAGUGAUUAAGGGGACUGCCGAAUUUGCCUUUGAUGCCAGUGAAGCCGUCAUCCAAGCGGUUAAUGUCACCAUAGUCGAAGCAACCAAUGGAAUCGAGGAAGGAUUGCAGGGGCUCUCGACAUUGCUCAAUGAUGUAGCUACUGGGUUUGAAGCAAUUAAAAACAUCUUCACCGGUGUCAGCAAUGGUGAUGGUGAAGCAGGUUCAUAUGAACAAAAGAUUAAUAUUUCACUAGGGGCUUUAAAGGACAAAAUUGCCAUUCCUGGCUCAGUUUUAACCAAGAUUGAAGGGGCCAGAAAUGUCAGCAUGAACGAAUUGGAAGAUAUGAAUAACGAAACCCAAAAAUUGAUUGAAACUCCAUUCAAUUUGAUUAUAAACAAGCUACAAGAAAUUGAAUUAGACAAUAUGACAAAGAGCAUUACUAUUAAUCCCAUAAAUGUUAAAGAUGAUUGUUUGAAAACAAUUGAUCAAAUCAAACACACUCAAGAUAAUUUAAUCAAAUUUGUGGAAACUACUAGCAAGUAUCUUUUCAUCAUAAUGGUUUUUGUCCUAGCUGGAAGUAUAGCAUAUGCGUGGUACGUGGAACGCCGACAAUGGAAACGGAAAUCGAAAUUCAUUAAUGAGGCAGGGAUUGAUAAUGAAGUUCAGUUCCGUAAUCAAGAGAAUAUAUACCUGAACUUCUUAACUUACACUUUGAUUAAAUGCAUGGGAUUGAAUGUGAACAACAGACUUAUUUGGAUUAUAAGUUACAUGUCGAAUAAACUCGCCCGCAACAUUCUCAUAUUUGGAACUUUGGGUCUACUCGCAGCCAUUUUACAAUUGAUUUUAGUAAGUUAUGUUCGUGACGAAUUGCACAGGCAAAUUAUCGACCUACCGGCAAACUCCAACUCCAUUUCAACGACAUCAUACAUCAGAUCAGUCAAUGAAUAUAUCAACACCACUCAAGGUAACCUAAAUGAAGAGCUAUUCGGUGAGAUCAGAGAGACGGCUAUCAAGGUCAAUUCAACAAUUGGCGAAUUUGUCGAUAAUUUGGAUUCAGCAAUCACUGAUAUUUUCGGGGCAACUUCUAUCCUCGCCUCGGCGGUGAAUACUGUUGUUUAUUGCACAGUUGGCCGUAAAUUGCUUAAAUUGGAACAAGGAUGUACUUGGUUAUACGAAAACUUACAAAUCAACAUUCCCAUGAUUUCAGAAAAUUCCCAAAGUGAUUUACAACUGAUUAAAUUAUUACAACCAGAGAGCAUACUAACAAAGUUGGAUGCCUUGAUUGGGUAUUAUAUGAAAUCGAUCAUGUUGGAGCUAUAUGUGGCAUUGUCUUUCUUGGGCAUGUGGUGCUUGCAAUUACUCAUUGGAUUUGUUUUGUUGCUAACUCGACAUCGUGAAUCCCAAUCGGAUGAGCAAGUGGUUAACGAGAAACGUAGCUGUGGGUAUUUCCAAGAUACGAGGAAAUUUGAAAUUAGUAGUCCUCGACCAUUAAGUCAAGAACAAUUGGAAAAUUAUCCAUACCCUUUAUCUAAUCCCCAUGCUUAUUUUCCUCACACUACAUCCAGCUACUAUCCGACACCACUGCCAAAGACUUAG